AUGGAGCGAUUUCGAGAGAAUUUCGGAAAGGAUUCGAAGAUUAUUCUCUUAGAGAUUUUGACAGGAGCUGUAGCUUGGAUAAUCAUGGCUUCUUUGCCGUAUACGAAAAUGAUUUACACAGGAGGAUACACGAUUCCGUUCCAUAUUGUUCUUGCUUUUGAGGUCAUAAGCUGGCUAGUUUCAAUCCUGACCCUUCUCGUUUCCCUCCCGAAUAAGUCCUUGGCGAUAAUAAAUGUCAUCCUCGGAGUAUUUUUUCUAUUGGCAGCACUGAUAAGCUCCGUCUUUUCUGGCAAUUUCUCGCUCGGAAGAUCGAGAUUCUCCGCUUCAGCUGGAAUCGGAGACGAGCUGAACUCCUGGCGACGGUUUCUUUGA